AUGGCUACCGAUGAAGGUCGGGAUGUGCGGUCGAACAACCGGCUGGCGCAGGAACGGGAAUUUUAUAAGUACAUUCCAAGCCACCAUUCCGUCUCGCAUUUCGCUCCUUUCGACGCCGCCAGCCACAGAUCCUUCGUCCCACAGUCGUCCAGAGAUUCAGCUUUGAAUUCCUUCGCCCAGCUGGGUGCCAUCCGCCUCGGGACCCAACGGGCCUUGAUUUCUCUCUUCGAUCGUACCCACCAGCAUAUCAUAGCGGAAGCCACUCCGACAUUAAGUAUCGUUGGGGGUAUCUCCCAAGAUGAUCGUGACCGGCUACGACUGGGAUGCUGCGUGCUCCCGAAAGAGAGCGGCUUUUGUCACCAUGUCGAGCGCUUGCCAUCGUCAGAUUCCGUGGAGAACAGUGCAGCACUUGGGGGCAGCGCCCUGGUCAUUUCGGAUGUGACUGACGAUAAGCGUUUCAGACCCACCACAUUACUUCAUGCACUAUCUGACGUGCGCUUUUAUGCUGCUGUGCCUAUCGUCAGUCCGCGGGGUUUUACGAUUGGCGCGUAUAGCAUAAUGGACAGCGAGCCGAGACCGUCGGGUCUCGAAGAGCAAUGUCUUCUAUUCAUGAAGGACAUGGCUGCGACCAUCAUGGAGCAUCUGGUGCUGGGUUAUUCUGCACGCCAAAACCGCCUGGCAGAACGUAUGAUUAUGGGCUUGGGGAGUUUUAUCGAGGGCAAGUCCACUCUACGUGAUUCAUGGUCGGAGGCCAACAUACAGCAUGCUGCAUCGGAGCAUUCCGGAGAGCCGAUUGAGGGCCAGUUGAACAUUCAACAACAAGACAUACAAGAAAAUGCCAAGCGAACCGAUGAAAAAUCCCUUUUCUUUCGGGAGUCGAUAAGGAGAGAUUGUCACCCUUCAAUGCGACCAUUCGACAACAGCAGCAAUCUGGCGGAUCGCAGCCCAGGACCUUGGAUGGAAUCAACGCAAUCGGAUACACCUGUUCGAAGUGCGACUGCAGACGGUAUAUUGCAAGAAAAUCCUCUUUCAACGAACAUAAAACAUAUUUUCUCACGGGCAGCAAACAUAAUCAGAGAAUCAAUUGGAGCGGAGGGAGUCAUGUUUCUUGAUGCCGAUACCGACCGCUUCGGUUCCCUCGUCGAUCAUAUGAGCAGCAAACGGUCUGAUCCUGGGGAAAAAGAUUCAAGCGGCGAAGAAAGCACUGAUUCAGGAUCUUCAUCGAGGCGCAAGUGUGGGGAGCCCAAGAUUACUUCGCUGUGUGCGUGCUUGGGGUUUUCCAGCUCGCGAGGGUCGAGUAUCAAUGAUGACUCCGUAGCUGGUCGGGAAAUCCUGAUGCAACAGCCCUUGUUAAAGACGCUUCUUCAGCGAUAUCCUCGUGGGCAAAUUUUUUCUUACAACGCCCAACGAUUACUUUCAGAAUAUAGCGACGGCACUACAGAGAAUUUGACCAACUCUAAUCACGGCGCCUCAUCCGCUGAUUCUUAUUAUAACGCCCGGUGGCGCGCAUCAACCAAAAAAAGAAGGAAGUCGAUUUUUCAGCGAGAUGCCGGCCGCCUGAUCGAAAUUUUCCCUGGCGCUAGCAAUAUCCUUGUAUUGCCUGUCUGGGACUCGGACAAACGCAGGUGUACUGCCGGGGCGCUGGUCUGGACGAAUAACCCUCGGCGUAUGUUCACGUUUGAGAACGAUCUCGUGUACAUUUCCGCUUUCACCAACAGUAUCAUGGCUGAUAUUCAUCGACUCGACAUGGAGAUGGCAGACAAAGCCAAAACCAACCUGGUUCACAGCAUUACACACGAGCUUCGCACCCCACUCCAUGGGAUCCUAGGUACAUCGGACAUUCUCGGCGACACGGCCAUGAAUGCCAUGCAAUAUGGCAUGAUACAUACAAUCGAGUCAUGUGGACGCACCCUCCUGGAUAUCAUUAACAGCCUGCUUGAUCUUAGUUUCAUCGACAAGUAUCAGAAGGAAUCAUCGCGCCUUACCGGAAACCAAGGGGCGGAGCAGGUCGACAUGUAUUUCAGUUCGACAAAAGGAGGCAGCGUGCAGAGUAAAGACCGCGGUGAGACGGUUUCAUCCGCGCAUGUCAAGCUCGAUGAGGUGCUGGAGGAAGUCGCCGAGUCCGUUUUUGCCGGAUAUAGCUUCUACACCCGUUUCAACGCGCCAUCUCCAGCGUUAGCUGGUUCAUCUACGUCCACGCGAUCGGCUGGCCCAGCGGGCGCACUCGGUCAAGCUGGCCCGAGUGUCAGCCAAAUCACGAUCAUCUUCGACAUCCAGCCAGAGACGGAGUGGGAUUUUCUCACACACGCGGGUGCUUGGCGCCGCAUACUGUUGAAUGUUUUCGGUAAUGCGCUGAAGUUUACAUCUUCCGGCUAUAUCUAUCUCGGUUUGAAAUCAUCCCGAAACCGCCGCCCCCGAAGCGACAUGGGAUCAAUUACUGAAGGCGAGCAAGGUGAUAAAUAUGAUGUCACUCUUACCGUGAAGGAUACUGGGAAAGGCAUCGGACAUGAAUUCCUGCAAAAUGAUAUCUUCACACCCUUUAUGCAGGAGGACCCACUUGCAUCCGGUAGUGGACUGGGGCUGAGCUUCGUUCAUCAGGCCGUUGGAUCCCUAGGGGGCUCGAUCGAGAUCAACUCUACCAAGGGAGUAGGCACUGAACUGUUGGUCUGGGUUCCACUCAUGCGCUUUCCCAAUAGAUCAACUGUCUCGCCGGAAUCGGUGCUCAACACCUUGCAGAUUUAUACUAAGGGAAAGACGAUUGGUUUUCUGGGCUUCGGGUCGUCUCUCCACUCUCAACGAGAUACAGCGUUGUACUCGACCUUGGAGCGAUUGUGUUGCGGAUGGUUUGGUCUGAAAGUCGCUAACAUAUCCGCAUCGAAGUGUGAAACUGACGGCUUCGACUUUCGCGUAGCCGUUCAGACGGAGCUGGACUCGGAGGAUAUUGAAGGGAGAAAGCUUUUUGACCGCUCUCCCCGUGCCGAAGACGGCAAUGGUUGCAGCUCACCGGUUGUGGUCAUCUGCCAGUCCCCUGAGGCAGCCCACAGGUUGUUUGUUGCGGCCAAGAAUCGGGGUGAGGCCUCGAUCUUCGAGUUUAUCAGCCAGCCUUGUGGGCCUCGAAAACUGGCCCGGGCGCUGGACAUGUGUAUUAAGCGGCGGCUCCAUCGACAGUCAGGCCGGCCCUCUCCUGACGAGACGACACGCUGGGUUGAAAUGCCAGAGUCCUCUCAUUUGCCGUUGGACGUUGAUACCAGGGAUACACCUGAAGACAGGAUGAAAAUUAGCAAGCGAUCGAUGCCGGAAGCAAACCCGAGUUCAGAGUUACAAACUGAUCGACUUUCAUCAGCGGAACAAAGACGACCACUGGAUUCACGGGACACCUCCCAACCCACGUCUUCUUCAAAUGAGGGACGGGAGAAAAUAGACCCUCCUAAUCCAUCCAUCUUGUUAGUGGACGAUAACGAACUAAAUCUUCAGUUACUGUGUGCCUACGCGAAAAAAGGAGGUUUUGAGUACAUGACGGCUCGGAACGGGGCUCAGGCAGUCGCCAUAUAUGAGGCCUACCCCUGCCAAUUCCGGGUAAUCAUCCUUGAUAUUUCCAUGCCCGUCAUGGAUGGCUUCGAGGCGGCCCGACAAAUUCGCCGCCUCGAGAAAAAGCACCGGGCCCUGUUGAGCGAAUCGGCUCGACAGGCCCUGCCGCCCACAACCAUCGCAGCUUUGACAGGGCUCCACAGCCCUGCUGCCCAGAAAGAGGCGUUCGGUUCCGGAAUCGACUCUUUCCUCAUCAAACCGAUCAAGCGAUUGGAUUUGUACGCCGUUCUGCAGCAGGUGAAAGAAAAUUCUAUACUUUCUGAGGAUUCUCCAACCCCACAGUCUAUAUAA